AUGGCUGAGAUGGCGCCCGUUGGCACAAGCACAGACACGUCUCAAGCCAAGAUCGAGAUAGAUAAUGCCACCAGAACGGCCGAGAUGUCGCUCAUUCCCGCGAACGCCUCUCAAGGGAAGAAGGAGAUCGACAACACCAACAGCGUAGCUGAUAUUGCGCCCGGGCCCGGGCCCGAUCCCCAAUCGCCACACCAUUACCUGUGGCCUACUGGGUUGCUAGACAACGCCAUUGGCCGUCUCUUUACAAAUCAAGAAGAGAUGGAGAGGUGGUUGAAUAUCCAUGACCCCACCCCAUGCAAAUGGGAUCCCAAAUGCCCACUGGUGUUUGGCGAAAACGACCCACCUACUCGGAAGUCGAUGAGCCAUAUUUUUGGCCGCAACAAAACUUGCACGAGGUCGAUCCCCUUUCACGUGUGGCUGUCAUUUUGUCGAAAACACUACCAACGAGAGAGGUACCGCAACAUAGCAGAGUAUGUGGCCAAUCUAGCACAGAUCGUAGAGAUCCAGGUUUUGCGGGUCGAGUCAUGGAGUUACUACAACCAUCACAGCGGCACCCCAGAGAACGGGAUCGUUCAGUCCUGGGCGAUCCAGCUGCGCAAGCGUCAGGCACUCCUCCUGGAGAAGAAGAAAGCCGAAGCGAAGGCGGAGGCAGAGGGUGAGCAGGCGAUGAGCCCCCAGCCUUCUUCCAGUGUAGUCCCGGUGCCUGACUGGGUGCACGACUGGGUUGGGCAGGAUUACACGGCCGCCACGAUCCAAAAAUUUUUGAUCAAGAUCUAUGACGAGUUGUUGAAUAGUCGCCUGGGCCAAUUCCCGGAGAUUGAGAUCCUCCCCACCAUUACAGGGGCGAACGCGAAGCCGGAGAAUAAGCGUCGCAAACGUCAGCAAGACGAAAGCGAGGCUGGCCCAUCUCAACCCCCGAGCAGACGGCGCCGCAGCCGCCAGGAGAGCAGCACGCCAGCACAACUGGCCCCGGCACCACCACCCGCCAGUCAAGCAUCCGCCAUACCGCAAGUGGCAGCUGGACCGGCACUGCCGGUGUCCCAGCCGCCCCCAAGGCCGCGUAGAGCGCAGCCGGCACGUCCACCCCAGCGGGCCCAGCCCUCUGUUACCGCUGGACCGGCACUGCCAGCGUCGCGGCAACUGCCCAUUCCCCAGGUCCCGUCACCCUACUCCGGGGUCAUGGGGCCCCCACCGCACAACAUGUAUGGUGCCCAGGCUUGGGAUUGCGUCCAGGCGCCACAGCAGCAGCCCACAUUCCAGCCCUCCCAAGUCCAGGAUGCGUACAAUUUCUGGCAGUCACAACCGGCUGUCAACUCGUUCAACACACAAAACAUCGAGCCGCGCUAUGCGGGAAACCCUUUCAGCGGUCACAAUGUCGACCCUCGUUAUCCGGCCAAUACGUUCACCUUCCAGAACGUCAACCCUAGCUAUCCGGCCAAUACGUACGCCUUCCAGAAUGUUGAUCCUCUCGUUCCGGUUUACCCGUUCGACUCCCAGAACAUUGAUCCUCAGCUUGCGAACUACUCGUUCAACAGUCAGAACAUCGACUCACGCCGUUCUGGUAUGUUGUAGAAAAGGAUGGAGGGCGCAGGAUGGGACGGGGACAUAGCAUGGCGUACAGGGGAUUGGGGCAGGAAAAAGAAAAAAGCAUCUGGUGGUGGUGUUCUGGAGAUGGGUUUUGGGCCUUUUGGUUUUGGGGUUUUUUUUUUCUUUAUUUCCUUUGUAAUAUUCUCUUUCUGGUCUUUUGGGAAAGGGCGGGGAAGUCAGAGGUCGUUCCCAGCUCGUCGUUAUCGCCAGGUCGGCCAUCAACCGACCAGGUAAAAGCACGCGGCGGGCUCC